AUGGGGGCCGAGGGGACGGUGGAGGAGCGAGCGCUGGGGUCGCUGGGGCUCGGCUUCGACCUCACCAGCGACUUCCGUCUCGGCUUCGCCAAGGGCUACCCCGGCCGCAGGUUGGUGGAGCUCAACGAGGAACGCACGUGGGACGUCGCCCUCCCCGGCGGCCCCACCAUCCGGGGCGCCUCCAGGGACGUCGGCUUCGACAAGGGCGACCGCACUCGGUUCCGCUCCGACGUGCUCGAGUUCAACCAGAUGUCUAUAUUACUCAAUCAGAAAUCUUCAGUCCAAGGAAAAGUUCCUUCAGGAUAUUUUAAUGCGCUUUUCGAUCUAAGUGGGGCAUGGUUGGAAGAUGCCAAGAGCACAAAAUGUCUUGCUUUUGAUGGAUACUUCAUUUCCUUGUACAAUCUGCACCUAAGAUCUUCUCCUCUAGUCCUUCGAGAAGAAGUAAAAAAAGCAGUUCCAUCGAAGUGGGAUCCUGCAUCUUUGUGCCGGUUCAUAAGGACCUUUGGGACACACAUAAUUGUGGAAAUCGCAAUAGGAGGUCAGGAUGUAAAUUGCGUAAGGCAAAGUCAUUGUUCGACAAUUUCAUCUGCUGAGGUCAAGAAACAUCUCGAGGACCUUGGAGACUUUAUAUUUUCUGAUGGAAGAAACCUCUCUCCUCUGCAUUCGAAGGAUGGAGAAAGGAAGAAAAAGGUGCCUGAAGUCUUCUUGCAAAUCUUGCAAUCAAACUACCUGCAACUGCCGAGCUAUUCAGAGUCUUCAAGCAAGGAAGGCCUCUCAGUUAUUUGCUCAAAAAGAGGAGGCAAUGUGUGUACUUCGAAUCACUCGGAAUGGCUACAAACAGUACAGAGUAGUCCUGAUGCCAUAUUAUUUAAGUUUAUUCCUAUUACCUCUCUUCUAACUGGAAUCCAAGGCAGUGGAUACCUCAGCCAUGCUAUCAAUCUGUAUCUCCGCUACAAACCUGAUCCUGAGGAUUUGCAGUAUUUUCUGGAAUUCCAAGUCCCGUACCAGUGGGCGCCGCGAUACAGUGAUUAUGCUCUUGGACCUCAAAUAAAAAAAGCAUCCAAUCCUUCUCUGCAGUUUAGAUUUUUGGGCCCCAAACUUCAAAUUAACACUGAUCAGGUAUCGAGUGAUCGAAAGCCGGUGGUGGGUCUGCGGCUAUAUUUGGAAGGCCGGAAGUGCAACCGGCUAGCCAUCCAUGUGCAACACCUCUCUAGUCUCCCCAGAAUCCUCAGGGCCUCAGCCUCGGAGAUGUGCGUCUGGCAGGGAUCAGAGGAUUCCGACCCAGCAUUCAUCGAACCGAUACGGUGCCGGCAGUAUUCCGCCGUCUGCACAUCGACCGUGAAGCACGAUCCAGAAUGGCUCCACAGAGUAUCCGACGGCGUGUUCGUGGUCGCCGGCGCUCAGCUCGUCACCAAGGGGAAGUGGGCGAAGACGGUGCUCCAUCUCCGCCUCCUCUUCGCUCACGUACCCAACUGCACCAUCCGGAAGACCGAGUGGACUCGCGCACCUGCCACGUCUCCGAAGGGAGGCUUUUUGACAAACAUGAGCACUGCAUUCACGCAGCGUGAUGCGCUGCCGACGACGACGACUGAAUCUGCAGAGCUGAACUCCGGCGUGUGUCCGGAUGGCCCGCCGGUGCCGGUGCAAUCGAGGAAGCUGCUGAAGUUUGUGGACAUGGCCGAGGUGGUCAGGGGCGCCCACAAUGCGCCUGGGCAUUGGCUGGUGACCGCAGCCAAGCUUGUCAAGAAAGAAGGGAAGAUUGGGCUGCAGGUGAAGUUUUCUCUGCUCAACUACGUGUCGGGGACUGAGACGAUGUGCUCGUGACAUAAGAGUGCCGUAUACAUGCACUCAUACGGUCGACUAACUGUUGCAAGUUCUCCGCGUAGUGUCUCGCAUCGAUCGCACAGUUAUUUCGUACAAUAUAGAAAUACGUCAUAUUUAAAAUAUAAAUGU